AUGCAUUUCCGAUACCUGAUGGCCCUGACCGCGUCGCUAGCUUUUCGACAAGCUGUGGCCUUAUCAAUACAACUGACUGAACGAGAGCGACCAGAUAGACCGCUGGUCGUUGGGGUUCCAGUAGAAUAUGGCCCCGCAUCAGGUCAAGUUAUCAUGCAGGCAACCACGCCCCUGAUCAAUAUUUCUGUCGGAACGCCACCACAAGUCGUAAAAGUUGCGGUAGAUCUUCAAAGCUCUUCCAUCUCUCUUCUUGUGCCAGACCUUCGGAAAUACGAGCCGCUAUAUGUUGGCGGGGAAGAUGACUGUUCUGAUGAUGAUUAUUGCACUCUCAUGGGUGACUUUGAUCCCGGCAAGUCGUCCACGUUCAAAAACACAACAGACGUAAACGGCGCCACCGGCUCGGAUUCCAUGUUGAUUGCCGACAAGAGAGUAGAUGGCGUUUCAAUAUCUCUUUCUAGUAUCGAUGGUACCUACAGUACUCUGGGUGUUGCGCAGCAACCUAGCUUUCCGUUUAAAUUGGUUGAUCAGGGCUUAAUCAAUUCUCCGUCGUUCAGCCUCUGGAGCGAUGCAUCGAAAAAUAAGGGAAUCUUGCUUUUUGGUGGGGUUACCCAAGGACUGUACACGGGAAGGCUCCAAGCUUUUCCUUUCCCAGGAAAUGGUACUGUGAGCUUGCCAGUCGCAUCAGUUGUCGUGGAGAGCAGCGGCAACACUACAAGGCAUGAUAUCAACUCGCCGGCGGUAUUGUCUACGGUCGACAGCCACACUUUUCUUCCCAACGAUACGGUGCAGAAGGUUUAUGCUGAUCUUGGCAUCACGCCUACUUUUGUGCCAGACUUUAAUGCUACUAUUCCCUACGUCGAAUGCGCUAGACAGCAUUCGGAAAACCACACCAUCUCUUUGUUGUUUGGCAACGCCACCAUCGAGGUACCUUGGAGCGCCCUGGUUCAAUCUCUUGGAAACAAUAUGUGUGAGCUCGCAAUUUACAGCUAUGAGCCAUGGAGGGAUGUUGGACCAGGCUCCCAGAUACAAAUAGGGGCUAUUAUUCUGCGGUAUAUGUAUUUGGUUGUGGAUUACGAGAACAUGUUCGCCGCUGUCGCACCCCCUAAUUAUAGCCCAGGUUGGGAUGAAGAUUUGGGGAUUGGAAAUGGGACCCGGAUUCCAGAUGCAGACGGAAACUUUCCGGCUACCAUUACUACAUACGGGGCAUCUACGCCAACGCCGACCAAAGAGGUUCUGUCAACAUCAUCAUCGCGAGCUGUGGCUAUGAAACCUCAAGAGAAGGGCUUAACAUCCGGAUUUGUAGGGGUAUUGCUUGCCGUAUGCUAUUUAGUGAUAUAG